CAUUUAGGGGGCAAACGGAGUUCACAUCCUUCAUGCGCUCUUCCUUCGUGUUGCCCCUGUUGUUUAAAGAAAGAAUUUGGGCGAAGGGCAGACCAGCUACACUUAGGCGAAAACGGAUACUUUUGCAGAUUCAGAUUUCAUGUUGCUGUACAAAUGCAACACUUUUCUUUUAAAUGGAAGAAGGUGCUAUCAAGUCAAGUGAAAUCCGACAUAGCACGUGAAACCGAACGGCGUCGUCUCGGGCUCAACUCCCAAGUGCAUUUCGUUUGCGAUAGUGCUAGAUAGUUAGCCACCUAGCUGCAGUUACAAGGAUUUGAACUAACCAACGUUCACUGAUCUAUUUUAUCUGAGGUAGCUACUGUAGGUGUCCGAAAAGACUGUUGGCUACAAUAAAACAAUUAGCAUAGUCCAGAGUGACAUUUUAUCAAUAUUUCUAACGAGUUGGCAAUUCGAUGUGGGUAGCUUGCUGUUAAUGUUUGCUAAUUUCAUUGGGUUCACCUGCCUGGCAAUAUUGACUAUUGUCUGUGUACUGUAACGACAAAUAGCUACAGUAACUAGCUGGCUUGUUUGACAUUUAUCCAGCUAUCAUUUUAUCUCAAUCGCUAACUGCUUUGCUUUUACUCAAGUUGUAUAGUGAUAGCUAGUUAGCUGAAGGCUCAAACAAGGAAGUCAAUUUGUAUUUUUUUCUAGCAAGUCGGAACUAUUUUUAUUCUCCAGUUGUAACAACAGUAGUACAUUGUUUUUGUGCAAGAGGAAUGAGAACUUUACUCCUUUGAUGUAUGUUUGUAUUGUACAGUAUAGUACUUAGCUGAAGCUGCGCUGGUCAUUUACCGAUAGCAUAAUUUAUCUAGCUAACCACAGCUCCACUACAUCUGUCCCGUAACGAUAUUUCAUUAUCGAAUUGAUUGCGAGAGUAACUACUGCAACCAACCGGCUCAGGCAAAAAUGAUUCCAGACAAAGCACCAAAGGAGGACGUAUUUCAUGCAGGAGAAGACUUGAAGAAGGAGGCUCAUGUACCCAACUUUGAGAAGUAUAAAGAGCUCUACCUGAAAUCUAUUGAAAAUCCAGAUGAGUUCUGGGGUGACAUUGCCAAAGACUUCCACUGGAAGUCAAAGCACACAGGCCCAUUUAUGGACUACAACUUUGAUGUGACAAAGGGGGAGAUAUACAUCAAGUGCAUGGAGGGGGCCACUACCAACAUCUGCUACAACGUCCUGGACCGAAACAUUCAUGAAAGGAAGUUGGGCGACAAAGUUGCUUUCUACUGGGAAGGGAAUGAGCCUGGCGAUGAAAUGAAGGUGACCUACAGAGAGCUGCUCCAGCAGGUGUGCCAGUUUGCCAACGUGCUCAAGUCCCAGGGGGUGAAGAAGGGUGACCGGGUCUCCAUCUACAUGCCCAUGGUGGUGGAGCUGGUUGUGGCUAUGCUGGCCUGCGUCCGCAUUGGGGCCGUGCACUCCAUCGUGUUUGCAGGUUUUUCGGCAGAGUCACUGUCCGAGAGGAUCCUGGACUCCCAAUGCUCAUUGCUUAUCACAGCCGAUGGCUUCUACAGAGGGGAUAAGCUGAUCAACCUGAAGGUGAUUGCUGACGACGCACUGCAGAAAUGCCGGGACCGGAGUUUCCCAGUUGAGAAGUGCAUCGUGCUGAAACACCUGUCCAAGGAGGUGGAGGCCACCCCCCUGGGUUCCCAGUCUCCACCAGCCAAGCGUCCCUGUCCCGACAUGCAGCAGGAGAAACAGAAAGACAGAGUAAAGAAAAUCCGUCCCAUCCCUCAGGUGCCGUGGAACCCUGAGGUAGAUCAGUGUUGGCACAGCCUGCUGCAUGGCGUGUCUGAGGACUGUGAGCCGGAGUGGUGUGACUCUGAAGACCCCCUGUUCAUUCUCUACACCAGCGGCUCCACUGGAGUUCCCAAGGGCGUACUACACACGGUCAGCGGUUAUAUGCUGUACGUGGCCACCACCUUCAAGCUGGUGUUUGACUACCAUCCCGAAGAUGUGUACUGGUGCACGGCUGACAUUGGCUGGAUCACAGGCCACUCCUACAUCACCUAUGGGCCCCUUGCCAAUGGGGCCACCAGCGUCCUGUUCGAGGGUCUGCCCACCUACCCAGAUGUCAGCCGCAUGUGGGAGAUUGUGGACAAGUACCAAGUUACCAAGUUCUACACGGCGCCCACUGCCAUCCGUCUCCUCAUGAAGUAUGGCAGCGAGCCUGUCCAGAAGUACAAGCGGGAGUCUCUGAAGGUGCUGGGGACUGUGGGGGAGCCCAUCAACCCGGAGGCGUGGCAGUGGUACUACAGCGUGGUGGGGGAGAAGAGGUGCCCUGUGGUCGACACCUUCUGGCAGACUGAGACAGGUGGCCAUGUGCUGACUCCACUGCCUGCUGCCACACCCAUGAAGCCUGGCUCUGCUACCUUUCCUUUCUUUGGGGUGGUCCCUGCCAUUCUGAAUGAGUCUGGGGAGGAGCUUGAUGGACCAAGCGAGGGUUACCUGGUAUUCAAACAGCCCUGGCCUGGAGUCAUGAGGACUGUGUAUGCGAACCACCAGAGGUUUGAGACCACCUACUUUAAGAAAUUUCCUGGAUACUACGUGACUGGGGACGGUUGCCGUCGGGAUCAGGAUGGGUACUACUGGAUCACAGGGAGGAUAGAUGACAUGUUGAAUGUCUCAGGUCACUUGCUAAGCACGGCGGAGGUGGAGUCAGCCCUAGUAGAGCACGAGGCGGUGGCCGAGGCUGCAGUGGUGAGCCGGCCACACCCGGUAAAGGGGGAGAGUCUUUACUGCUUUGUCACUCUCACCGAUGGCACCGGCUUUAGUCACACCCUGGAGGCCGAGCUGAAAAAACAAGUGAGAGAGAAAAUUGGUGCCAUUGCUACUCCAGACUUCAUCCAAAAUGCUCCAAGCCUUCCCAAGACCAGAUCAGGCAAGAUCAUGAGGCGUGUGCUACGUAAGAUUGCCCGUAACGAGCGGGACUUGGGCGACGUAUCCACGCUAGCGGACUCCACAAUCAUCGAGCAGCUUUUCCAGAAUCGCUGCUUUGAUGCAGUGUGACUUCAUACCUGCAGAGGGCCUGAGAGGAACGAAGGAAAGAAACAAGUCAAGUUAUAGAAGGGAGGGAUGUAUAAAUUGAACUGCGUAGACAUCCCUGAGGGCCUCAAGCCAACACUGGGGGUUGAAGAAACACGACAGAUCCUGCUGUUUUGUCCCAAGUUCCAUUCUCUUAUUAUAAAGUACUAUUCGAUAGUAAAAGCCAAAAUUCAUUUUUUUCUGUAUUCUUAUAAUUUUAUUGUAUUUUACUUCUCUUGGCAUGGGAUCGCUGUGUGUUUGUCUGCACACAAUGUUUUAAUUUGCUUAGUAUUCUUUACUCCCUUGGUCGCCUUGAGGUGUAGGGAGUUUCUUGGUGUAUACUAUCAGAACGCUGUCUUAUUCCCAUCUUCUGUCCUUUAUUCUGUGAUUGUUGGAUGAUGGUACUGGAAAAAGUGUAAUGGUCUCAUGUUUAAAAGAACAACUUGAAAUGAAUGAUGCUAUCUUAAAACCUUUUCAGAGGUUCUUGCUGUAUGCCGAAGACAAAUGGCCAGCAUUCAAUUUGCUGUAUUGCUCCAUGGUUGUGAGGGAAUGUUAAAGUCAUUUUUAGUACAUUUCAUGCCAUUUAAAAGGGGAACUGAAAUGAGAUCCUUUUCAAGUUGUUAAUUUAAAAAGCAGGCUCAAACAAGGCAGGGCCUGUGUUUAUAAUUUUUAUUUUUGUGGCAAAUCUGUCCGUUUAAUGUGCCAACAAAUCAUUGGAUCUGGGUGUUAUAAUCUUGUCUGUAAAAAAAGGAAAACAUGGAUAUAUUUUGAAAGCAUUUUGUCUGGCUGUUCAUUCUAUUUCUGCACUUAUUCUUUUCCGGUAUGUCAAAUCCUGAUCACUUUGAAAACUAAGUGAAAUGUUUUUUGAUUAGCUUUUUUUUUUGGUUGCCCCUUUGUAUCAAAGUUAUUUGGAAUACAACAGUAAAUGAACAGUAAAUGUGUUCGGUUUUAGUGGUAAUUAUUUUGAAUGGGACCCUGUCGUAUUCACUUGUCACUAAACCUACAUGGACUUUUUCAAUAAGACAUCUGAAUUGUUCUUUACUCUUGGAAAAAUAGGAACAUUUUCAUUUGCUUAUCCUAAUGAAUACAACCUUGCCCAGGGUAUUUCCAAGUCAUUCACCUCAGAUCCUUUCACUUCAUCUUGCCCUUUAUUCUCCACUAGAUGGUGCUAUUAUACAUGCAUUUUCUGACAACCUCAGGUUCCUUACCUCUGCAUAAUUUCUCUGUAUUUUUCUUCUUGACCGUCAGCAGAGGACAGUGCAUGUUAUAUGGACCCUGAUACUGUGUUUAAUCAACACUUGUCCAAUUAUCCUGUUUUAUAUCUGACUGAAUGCGACAUGAUGCAACGCAUGGAUGUUGUGGUAUUGUUGGUUUGAAUCAGAAUACUGUUGCAUACUUCCAUACCACAGAAAUACUGCUUUAUGCUCUGCUGCUCUUUAAAACAAGUCAAUGGAUUACAUUCACUCUAAUUGAUAAUGAACAUGGUUCUGCUAUCAUUGGCAAUCUUCACUCAAGGUUGCUUGAAUUUAUUCAUCAAAUGAGUUCCCUGUUUUUUAGUGUACCAUGCAUAUUUCAAGUAGGCUGAUUUUAUCAGAAAAUAACAGCCACUGUCUAAUAUUUGAGUGAAUGUAGUGGGAUUGUGUUUGUGCAGUAUACGCUGCUGCUGUAAAUUCAGUAUGUUCUCAGAGUGUAUGUGAAUAGUGUCUGGCUUGUGUAAUUUGGUUGUAGCUGCCCCAUUGUUCUUUGUAUUAUUCAUUCUCUGUGCUUCAACUGCCUAUAUCUCUGGAAACCACCAGACAGUAUCUUUUAGGAUAAAUAAAUAUAUUAAUGAUCCAAUCCA